AUGUGGACGGCACUCAUCGCACUGUGCUUGAUCACUCCGGUCGCCAAUGGACUCAGUUGUUUGGUCACCAGACCUGGUAGGAAUAUUAACUAUGACGUCAUCAUAGGGUUACGGUAGAAAGCAACAAGUUUUUUUUUAAUCUUGAUCCAGCUGCGAAACUUGACUUUUCACUUUUAGUUAUCAUUUUUAUCAAAAAAUAAAAAAAUAAUAAAAUUAAUUUUAGAAUUUAAAAUUUGAUGUAAUUUUAGGUUACGGCCUGGUAAGUGAAGAAUGCCCUCAGGGCUCAGUCGCAUGCCGAAUGAAGAUCGAUCAUAAUGCCGUCGAAUUCUAUCAAUAUUCUGCAUUAUACGAUCGAAAUCAACUGGUUUGUAUCUAUAAAAAUGAGUACGGAUUAAUGGAAUCUUCUGGAUGUGUGCAGCGAAAAGCCGGUAAGCAAUUUGGAUGUUUUCUUUAGAUUUUUAGAGCUUCCGAUAUAAUUUUUUAUGAAAAUACAUUAUAAUUUUUUUAUUUGCAGGUCGCGCCCGAUGUUGGUGUGUGGGUGACGAUGACUGUAACACCCCCGAAUUGGCCAAGGAAUUGUAUGAAAAAUUCAAAUCUGGCGAUAAAUUCAUCCAAAAAGAAGAGAAAAACGAAUUCGAGGAAUUCAAAAAGAUCGCCGUAAAAGAGCACGAGAAGUUACAUCAGAAGAAACAUCAUCAUCACCAGGAGCACAGAAGCAAGAUCAAAAAGACUGUUACCACCACUUCCCCCACCACUUUGGCCUCGAUUGUUUUCCCUCCCGAUCAAGCAGAACCCAAAGUAAUCAGGGUCAGCGAUAAGGAACAAUAUCAGAACUUUAUUGGGAGCGAGCAGUUCAAAAAAGCAAUCGCGACGACAGAGGUAAGGAGUCAAUAAGAAAGAUGGAUCGUCUCAAGGAAUUACCUCUUUGUAUUUUACAAUUCAUGGACAAAUUCUUUUGGGGGUUGCGUGCGGGAGGGCUGUAUAUUAUAAUGCGGGAAAUUAGGUGACAAAUUGUUUGGAUGGGAGAAAUUCAAGAAUUUAUAAAAUUCGAAGUCCAUUUACCGGAAAAUUAAUUGUUUUUUUGUCUUAAUAAUACAAAAUUCAAGUUUAACAUUUGCUUUUAAAUCAUUUUACAUCCCAUUUAUAGAACACUGAAGGCCUUAAUUUCAUAUUUACUUAUUUAAAAAAUUCUCCAGGAUCACACCGAGCUUCCCUACGACACCGAGGAGGUGGUCCUGCUUCCCUCCGAAGAGGCCGAACCCCAUCUCCAAUCCUUUGCCCAGCUGCGCCCUGGCUCCCAUGAUAUCGAUGACAUAAUGGAACCCAUCUACGAAUUCUCUUCCUCUUUUUCUCUGACGUCUCUUCUCCCUCUCACACUCUUCUCCCUCUUGCCUCGUUUUCUCUAA